AUGCGCGCGAGAGAGAUACACGCGCUGACGCGCGCGGGACGACGCGACGCGGCGGCGCGGGAAGGGACGGCGAGCGCGAGGGCGAAGCCGGCGGACGCGGCGGUCGCGAGCGCGGCGACGACGGCGUGCUUUAAAGCCGGUGACGUCGAUGAGGGACGGGCGAUCAUGCGAAGACAUCGCGAGAGCGUGGGUGACGGUAAGGUUGGGUGCGUCGUGCUGUGCGCGUGGGCGACGGCGGAAUCGGGAACGGGGACGCGGGACGGGGACGCGAACGCGAGGGCGUUGCUGCGAGAGGCGACGACGACGGCGAACGGAGACGCGAGGGCGGUUUGCGACGCGUGGGUGGCGCUCGGGAAUCACGAACUGAAGCAUGGUCGCGUUGAUAAGGCGAGAAAGUGCUAUAAGAGCGCGUUGAGCGCGGGAGAGGGAGCGCCGGCGAGCGCCGCCGUGGCGGCGCACUCGUGGGCUCGGUUGGAGGCAAAGGAAAGGAAUCCCAAGCUCGCGCGAGAGCUCUUCGCCAAGUCGGUGGACUUGUGCGAAACGCACGUUGCGAAUUAUACCGCGUGGGCGUCGUUUGAAAUGAGUCGCGGGCAGAGCGAUGCGGCGAGGAAAUUGCUCGAGCGCGGGGCGGCGUUUUGCAAGUCGGCGGAAGAGUUGCGCCAGACGAACGACUCGAAGACAAGGCGAGCUCGCUCGAUGGCUUCGGCGUUGUUCACGUCCUGGGGGGACAUAGAGGGGCAAAUCGCGUUGCGUGAGAGCGAAGACUCCGCCGAUGCGCUCGAUAUCGCCGUAUCCAAGUCGAGAGGAAUGUUUGAGCGCGCGUGCGCGUACGACAAGAAGAACGUCGCGGCGUGGUUGAAGUGGAGCGAACUCGAGAAGGAUAUCGCGCGCGGUAAUUCGCAUCGCGGUGGGGUGGUGAUGAGCGCAAGACGGAACAGCGUGUCGAACCGUCGGCAACUCGAUGUCUUGACUGCGGGUUUAAAGGCGAAUCCGGGCGAAAUGCGACUCGAGCACGCCUACGCCAUGGCGCUGAAACUCAACGGCGACGUCGAGGAGGCAACGAGACGACUCCAUCGUUUAAGCGAGCGGUUUCAAAACAACGCGCACGUGUGGCACGCACUCGGAACUACACUUCAGGAAUCUGGUGAUUUUCAAGGCGCCAUAGCGGCUUUUGAACGUGGAUCUUUUGCUUCAGGUCGCGCCAACUUGCCGUGCAUCACCGCGGCCGCGGCGGCGGAAUUGCACGGCGGCAAGCACGGUCGUGCUCGCCAGCUGUUUGUCCAAGGCGAUUCCGUUCCGCGGCAUCUGAGUACUCGUCGUGAGCGCGCCGCACACCUCCGACUGUGGGCUUUGCUAGAAAAGCGUGCCGGGGGCGAGGAGGCGACGCGUAAACUGUUCAUCGCCGCCACCGCUGAAGAUCGCACCGACGCCGCGACUUGGUUGCAGUGGGGGCAAUGGGAGAAGCGUGUGAACAGUGUCGGCGCCGCGCGCAAGGUAUUCAAAGAUGGAAUUCGCUACGGCGUGAAUAAUGGACAAUAUUUCAUCUAUCAGGCUCUAGCCACUUUGGAGGCGGAGACAAACAAUCACGAAUCGGCGCGAGAGUUAUUCAAGCAAGGAUGUUCCGCGCAUCCACGCAGCGCCUCUCUGUGGCUGCAGUGGGCUCUGUUCGAGCUUUCGUGCGGCGAAGACGACAAAGCUGCGUCGCGGAAUUCGAUUGCAGUCAUCGAAAAAGGGGCAUCGCGCGCGCCGCCGCACAUCCCGCUCCUCGAACUGUGGCUCAAUCUCGAACGAAAGGCUGGCGACGAGCACAAGGCGCGCGCGGUGGAGGACAGGUUGAAAAAGCUUCUCUCCGAGCAGCGAUACGCUCCGGUCGGUCACGAAGUGAAUUAG